AUGGAUAUGCUGCCGUACUGUACCCGCCAGACUUUGCCGUGGCUCUUGUCAGGUUGCAGGAACAUCAGACGGUCCAGCAACUCCUUGAAGCCGAAAGCCAGUUGCAUUGGUUUUGAUUGGACUGCUGUGCAUGUGUACGAAUCAGAUGGAUCCAGGUGGGCCUUGCAUGAAGUGAUCACGCCAGGCCAAUUUGCCCAGUUGUGCAUUGCACCCCGAGACCCAGGUGAAUGUCUGUUUUACAGUCCGUCGGUCCUAGGGUUUCCUGGUCCUGUUGGUCAGUUGCCACUGCAUGCCGAGAUGCUUUCCGAAGAAACGGUGUCCCAUGACGGGGUCCAGUAUCGAGUCCCCCAAGGUCCCAGCCCAGUCACCAGUGUUGUCAUCCCUCAUCCAGUUGCAGGGUUUGUUUCAUCGUCUGGUGUCCGUGAAUCAAAGCAUCCGGUAGGUCCAUCUGCAAGUUGUGCACCCGAGCAGUCGGUAGGCUCCGGGGAAUGUGGGCCACUCCCCUUCAGAUUGCCCACCAAUUUGCAUGCAACAGAGCCGCCAUCUGCCGUGCCUGUGAGUGUGUCAGAACCGGGGCUGCCUGCCCAAAGUGCUGAGCCAAGUGAGGCUAUUGAUGGAUUGCUAGGGAUGCCAAUGCCAGCCAAUUGGGAAUGUGGGCCACUCCCCCACCAAAUGCCCACUGUUUGUCCGACUCCUGCCAAACGUUUAUCAGCACCCGUGAUUGCAAGUGGGGAAUGUGGGCCACUCCCCGACCUAAUGCCCACUGAUGUUCAAGCUCUUAGUCCGAGCCCUGCACAUGGGGAAUGUGGGCCACUCCCCUUCAAAUUGCCCACGGUGAGCACAGCCAGUGCAAUGACACCUUCCAAAUGCCCGGAAGAGGACCAUGGUGAGGCCAGCCACGGUGAUAGCACCCGUCAUGUGUCGCUGUUGGCACCUGUAGCAUGCCCUGAAGACCCACCGCAAGAGCUGCCAGGUCGUGCGACCACCAUUCCAGCAGAGAGCCCGCCUGUGGCCACUCUGCAGGUUGAGCCGCCCAUUGAACCAUCGACAGGUCAUGCUGAAGUCACUGGUCCUGCCACCAGACAUGGGGAAUGUGGGCUACUCCCCUGCAAAUUGCCCACUGUUGAGAUGACACCUGGGUCUGAUCGCAUGCCAGAGAAGAAUGAAGUGCCGCUGAAUCCACCUCUUGGCAUCACUGCAUCCAAUGUUGGGUCGGGUUGUGGGACUACGGCCAUUGCGUUUGUAGCACACAUGCUUGCCAAUUGGACGCUGCCCACCUCUGCUGACGAUGUGUAUGCCCUGCACCACAACCUGAGAGCCAGAUUCCUCGCUGUGGCUUUGACACACAUGACCUGCCCUAAGCCGUGGAAAUGGGGAAAUGGAAUCAUUGAACAGGUUGAAGCGGAACUUGCCCCCUUCCUGAUUCAGCACGGAGUGCCUCCUGAGCAUGCCCCUGGCAGGGCCAAAGCAGCCGUGCGCUCAAUUGGCGCCCAACCGAUUCAAGAAGCCCUAGCAUCCCAACUGCCGUGGAAGCAAUUGAAAACCCUGGGGAACCAGGUCAAGUACCAGUUUCUACUGCCGUCAGAGCUGCAGGCCAAAGUAGCUGCUGCUGCUGGAAAUGGGCCAGUGGGACGUCCGAAGGGGGGAAAGAAGAGCCGUAAGGCACCGGUAGAAGACAAACCUAUUGCACUUGACCCUGCAAAGUUUGCCAUCCAACCAGGUGCAUUUCAAGCGGAUGGGCACCCCUUGAGUCAACAACCCCUCAAUGCGGUUGGUCCGGUCACAGAAGGGAUUGUCAUUGUCACGUUGACUGAAGCUGACCCGUACCUGACCCAAGGUACCCAGGUCUCCAAGCUGCCAUUGGCGCUACUGAUAUUGCAGUGUACAGCCCAGGAGCUGAAAACCAACCUGCCGCAUAGUGAUGUCACGGUUCCUUGCCGGUUUGUGGUCAACCAAGAGCCAAUGCUCAUUGACAUGGUGUUGGUUCAGAUCGGGAGCAGCCCUGUGACCAAAGCACCAGGGAAAGCCCCAGUCCACAUUGACACGGUUGAUGUUGGCACCUUGCGAUUGACAGUCUUCAGGGAUGAAAUUGAAGGCACCUGGGACCAACGUUUCACAAGCUUUUGCUAUGUUUUCCUAGUGGUUGCCGGGUGCCGCCUGGGAGAGGCUGCCAACCCUGGCCCACGACAUCCAGAUGUGGCCAUGGACUUCUGCAUUGGAAGUUUCAAUCCCUCGGGAUUGGCGGGGAAAGCUCAAGUGAUUAACCAGCAAGCCCGACGCUUGCAAGCCUACGUCCGCUUUGCCAGGUCUUCGAAGCAAGCUGCUGACCCAUGCCAUGCUGCCAAUGUUUGGGGUGCCAUCGUCCGUGCAAAAGGGUUUGAACCUCAUUUCCCAGCUUGGUGGGAGCAUACUCAAUAUGAUGUUCACGGGGCCCCAUCCCAGUGCCCGUUGAUUCCACCCGACAUUGAGAUUGCUGAAGCCAUGUACUCAACCUUUAUACUAGCCUUUCGAGCCCUAGAGAAGCGACUCCAUCAGUCCAGCCGGGCCACUGCCAAAGCCAAACGCCUGGCAUCUCCCCAGUUGAUUUUCAAGGACAUCCGCCAGUCCGGACCUGAGAGCGUAGACCUCUUGUUGCAGCCGAUUCAAAGCAAAAUCUGCCACGUUGAUGAAGACACCCAAUGCCUACACCUCGACCAAGUCGGGGCCUGGGACCUUGCCAAACCUGUCUUUGUUAAAGGCCAGCCCAUGAACAUCAUCCAUGUUGAAGAUAAGUGGCUUUGGGUUGACCAGCCUGUCAGUGAUGCCACGGGUGAAGUCUGUACCCAAACCCGCUUUGUCGGUGCAUUGGAAGAGUUGUUCCACGAGUUUCGCCACAGUUGGUCCCAACGUUGGCAACGCCAUGCUGCAGUCCCACAUAGCCAGUGGGAAGGGAUCCUGACCUUUGCGAAAAAGUAUGCCAAACCGGUUGCCUCACUCCGGCAAGAACUCAAACGUAAGAAAGCCAAGACAUCCAAAGGCCUUGAUGGUGUUACAUUGAAAGACCUCCGGGCCCAGCCGGAUGCAGUUCUGCAGAGUUUUUGUCAAUUCUAUCGUCAUGCGGAACAAAGUGGAAUCUCAUUGCUGCCCUUGAUGACUGGUUGCCCACAGGGUUACAUGGGUCACGUGUUGGUGGCCAUGCCGGCCAAGUGUGGCACUCCAUCCUUCUCUCCAUUGAGGAAAGUCAUGACUGUGGGAUUCCCCUGA